GUUUAGUUUGUUUUUGUUGAUGUCAAUCGCGUCGGCAACGAAUUUCCAUUUUAUGCCUUAAAUGUUUGACGGCUUAUUCAAAUGUACCAAAUGCCAAAACACUGAAGCUCAUCAUCCAUGUCUACAACCUAAGAGAAUCUACACAACACUGAUAACUUAUAUGUGGCCCCGACCGUAUUCGCCAACAUGAGGGUUACGGAGGUGAUUAUAGAUGGCUUCAAAUCCUACCAAUCCCGAACGGUCAUCUCAGGAUGGGACGAGAGCUUCAACUCUAUUACCGGCUUGAACGGUAGUGGCAAGUCCAACAUUCUAGAUGCCAUUUGCUUCGUUUUAGGUAUCACGAACAUGUCGACGGUCCGAGCCCAGAACUUGCAGGAUCUCAUCUACAAGCGCGGCCAAGCAGGUGUCACAAAAGCGAGUGUCACCAUCGUAUUCGACAACAGAGACAAGCAGAAGUCCCCGAUAGGAUUUGAAGAGUAUGCGACAAUUAGCGUUACCAGACAGAUCGUCCUGGGAGGAACCUCCAAGUAUCUGAUUAAUGGACACCGAGCCCAACAACAAACUGUCCAGAACCUCUUCCAAUCUGUACAGCUUAAUAUCAACAACCCCAACUUUCUAAUUAUGCAGGGUCGAAUCACCAAGGUCUUGAAUAUGAAGGCGGUCGAAAUAUUAGCCAUGAUUGAAGAAGCAGCUGGCACAAGGAUGUUCGAGGACCGGAGGGACAAGGCCCUGAAAACGAUGGCUAAGAAGGAAAUGAAGUUGCAAGAGAUUACUGAGCUUCUGCGUGACGAAAUUGAGCCCAAGCUCGAGAAGUUACGAACGGAGAAAAGGGCCUUCCUCGAUUUCCAGCAGACACAGAAUGACCUAGAGCGCUUAACGAGAGUGGUAGUUGCGCAUGACUACGUAAGAUUCCAAAAAAACCUAGAACAGUCUGCGACAGACCUCGAAAACAAGCAACAGCGACAAGCAGCCCUCGAAGAAUCUGCUGCUAGACUGAAGAGUGAGAUAUCCCAUCUCGAGGAAGAUCUCAAGAGAGUAAAAGCGCAGAGGGAUAAAGAACUCAGAAAGGGGGGGAAAGCCCAGGCCUUGGAGGACGACGUCAAGAAGCAUUCCAACGAGCUUGUUCGUCUAGCCACCGUGAUGGACUUGAAGAAGUCGAGUAAAGCUGAGGAAGAGGAGAGAAAGACGGCGGUACAGAAGAAUGUUGCUGAAUUGGAGGCGACAUUAAAAGAGAAGACGAAAGCCUAUGAAAAAACCAAGGCUAAAUACGAUGCAGCAAAGGAGGCGAAUGAGAAGCAGAGUCAAGAGGCCGAGUCAAAGGAGGAGUUGCUUCAGACAUUACAAACCGGUGUCGCAUCCAAGGAAGGGCAAGAGAGCGGUUAUCAGGGUCAGUUGCAAGACGCGAGGAACCGCGUAGCCGCUGCUGCCACUGAACAAGAACAGGCGAAGAUCAAGAUUGCCCAUCUUGAGAAGCGAAUCAAGGAGGAAGAGCCCCGAGCCAAGAAAGCCAAGGAGCAGAACGCAGGACUUUUGAAAGAAUUGGAGGGCCUUAAAGCUCAAUCGCAAAAGCUAGAAGCUCAGCUCGGGAAGCUUGGUUUUGAGCCGGGGCAAGAAGAGGAAUUAUAUAAGCAGGAAUCGACUCUACAGCAGACUAUCAGGAACUUGCGCCAAGAGGCAGAUGUCUUAAAGCGCAAGGUUGCCAAUAUCGACUUCUACUACGCUGAUCCAACCCCUGAUUUCGAUCACUCAAAAGUUAAAGGCCUGGUUGCGCAACUCUUUACUCUUGACAAGGAGCAUACCAGAGCCGGUACUGCUUUGGAGAUAUGUGCUGGUGGCCGCCUCUACAAUGUUGUUGUGGAUAACCAAACGACGGGCACGCAAUUAUUACAGGGUGGCAAGCUACGCAAAAGAGUCACCUUUAUUCCGUUGAACAAAAUUGUAACAUCUAAACCCCCGGCGCAAGCAUUCGCCCCAGGUAAGGCUGACCUAGCUUUGUCGCUCGUAGGGUAUGACGAUGAGGUAUCUGCAGCUAUGGAGUUCAUCUUCGGUAAUACUUUAAUAUGCCAGGAUAUCGACACUGCGAAGAAGAUGGCCUUCGACCCGAAUGUGCGAAUGCGAAGCAUCACUCUCGAAGGGGAUACCUAUGAUCCAUCGGGUACGCUAUCAGGUGGAAGCGCGCCAAAAUCCAGCGGCGUGCUAGUUACGUUGCAGAAGCUAAACGAGAUCAACCGCCAGCUCAGGGAGGCUGAGGGUUCCCAAAAGGACCUUCAGUCUAAAAUCUCGCGAGAGAAAUCUAAACUCGACCAGGCUCGUAAGAUUAAGCAGGACCUUGAUCUCAAGGUGCAUGAAAUCAAGCUUGCCGAGGAGCAGAUCAGUGGCAAUUCUUCCUCAUCGAUUAUUCAGGAGGUUGAGAAUAUGAAGGAGACUAUCGUACAGCUCAAGAAUAAUAGUGCUGAGGCAAAGAGAAGACAAGCUGAAGCUACUGCGGAUGUCAAGAGGAUAGAAAAGGACAUGAAGGAUUUCGAAAAUAACAAGGACUCAAAGCUUGUGGAGCUCCAGGCUUCCUUGGAUAAAUUGCGAGAUACGUUAGCGAAGAACUCGAGUGCCGUCAAGUCCUUACAGAAGGAACUCCAGAGUGCUCAGCUAGAUUCGGAACAGGUCUCCGGUGAUCUUGCUUCCGCAAGAGAACAGCUACAGGAGGUCGAAUUAGCCAUCAAAUCACAGCAACAGGAGAUCGAAGAGGUUAUCAAGAAACAAUCAGAGCUACAGGAAACCCACGAUCUUGCGCAAGCUGAGCUUGACGAUGAAAGGGCUAAAUUAACAGGCUUCGAUGAUGAGCUUCGCGCUCUGGAAGACGCUAUUCGGUCAAAGAAUGCUCGGAUUACCGAAGAAAGCCUCGAAAAGCAGAAGCUUGGUCAUACGGUCGACAAAUUCCACAAAGAGCAACAACACGCUGUACAGAGCGUCGCGAAUAUGGAGAAGGAAUAUGAUUGGAUUGCUGACGAAAAGGAAAAUUUCGGCCGCACUGGAACGCCAUACGAUUUCAAGGGCCAGAACAUCACAGAGUGUAAGGCGACGCUCAAGACGCUCACCGAUCGGUUCCAGGGCAUGAAGAAAAAGAUCAACCCCAAGGUCAUGAACAUGAUCGAUAGUGUCGAGAAGAAGGAGGUGUCGCUCAAACACAUGAUGAAGACUGUCAUCCGCGACAAGCGCAAGAUCGAGGAGACCAUUGUUAGUCUCGACGAUUACAAGAAAAAGGCCCUUUUGCAGACUUGGGAGAAGGUCAACGGUGACUUUGGUCAGAUAUUCUCCGAAUUGUUGCCUGGUGGCAGCUUCGCCAAGUUGGAUCCACCCGAGAACAAGACCAUCAACGAAGGACUAGAGGUCAAGGUCUGCCUAGGCAAAGUGUGGAAGCAAAGCUUGACAGAGUUGAGUGGUGGCCAGCGGUCACUCGUGGCGCUCUCGCUCAUCAUGGCGCUCCUCCAGUUCAAACCAGCACCCAUGUACAUUCUAGACGAGGUCGACGCGGCAUUAGAUUUAUCGCACACGCAAAACAUUGGCCGCCUCAUCAAGACGCGAUUCAAGGGCUCCCAAUUCAUUGUCGUCUCCCUCAAGGACGGCAUGUUCCAGAACGCCAACCGCAUUUUCAGGACCCGCUUCAGCGAGGGCACCAGCAUGGUCCAGGCUCUCACCCCAGCAGACUUCAAGUAAUCCUAUAUAUAAAAUAAAAAAAAGCGCAUCCCCUUCCUUCCUUCUUCAUUCGCGUUUAUGUUACGCGAGGGUUGGCGUGGGAGGAGUUCUGGUUUAUGAGGAGCGUUCUAAAGAAGAAGAAAAAAAGGACUUGCAUGGCCCGUAGACAUGAGAUCAAUGAGAUCAAUGAGAUGAAAGGGGCUAUUAAGGAAUUUUUGAGGCUCGAUGGAUGACGAUUGCAUGAUUGGUUGGUGAACUCUUGAGAGGGAGGGAGGGUUGGUAUAGGAAAUAGGGAUAGGGAUAGUGGUAGGGGUAGGAACGGAUUGAUGACUGACUGACUGACUGACAUCCAUUCAUGAACGCCUCUUGUAUGUAUGUACGUGUGCGUGUUUGUGUGUCUGGUGAAUACCUAUUAUACCUACCUAGUACAUAGGCGUAUUACCAUGCUAUAGACGACAAGGCAGGCAGGAGUAUGCUGCUCGUUUGAAGACAAGACAACCUUUUUGAGAAGCACGAUAUGAUAACGACCUUGCUAACCUCUAAUUACUAUCUAUUAUUCCAG